UGAAAUUCAUGAAUUUUUUUUGUUAGACUUAAUCAGGGGUAGAGAAAAAACCGAAUAAAUCUGAAACCGAAACCGCUAAAAAGCUAAAAAAUAACAUUAUAAAACUGAACCGAAAUCGCCGACGCAUGCCUCCCACCUGUUUAUUAUUGUUUUUUUAUGGUCAAUCAUAUUAUAUAGGAUGGAUGUUUUUAUCCUUCAACUUUAGCAAAAGUAAAGUUCUAGUUGAAGUAAGUUUAAGAAAAAGAGAGGAGGAUUAACAAGUUCAUUGGCUACACAUUGGUGCUUUUACUUUGAAGAAUUUUCGAAAUUAGCAGCGUUUGCCAGGUGAUAACGCUAAAUCCCGGUCUGGACCUUCCUCCGCCGUGGAUGGUGGUUCUGAGGUGUAGCUGCUGGAAGAGCGCCUACAAAAUAACACCGGAGGGGGGUUUUGGCCCCGCGGCGCCUCCGGCGUGAGCGUGAGAAUAAGAGUAGGCUUUGGAAGGAUUAAGACUAGAAAAUGAGUUAUCUAUGUGUGUGGAAGGGUGGUGUGUGGUGGUUGCUGGUGGCUGGUGGCUGGUGGCUUUGGUGUUUAUAUAUAUGCUGAGUGCACAAGUGUGUGUAAAAAUAUGAGUGUAGAGAGAAUGUAACCCUUAAACCUUUCUCCCUUGAUCUAUUUAUAGGCCAAGGGUUAGGGUUUAAGGGGACGUACCUGGAUCAUGGUCCUACAUAAGCCAAGGGUUAGGGUUUAAGGGGACGUACCUGAAUCCUGGUCCUACACGUGUAGGGGCUCGAUCUCCUACACGUGUCCAGGUGUCUCUAUUUAUAGUCUUUGCUUGUCUUUAUUGCCAGUAGUUGACCGUUAUGUUUUGUCUUUAUCAUGUCAGUCUGUAGUUGUGCAGUUGUCGGUUUGACUUUAGGAGAACCCCGGGUAAGGGGUAGUACCCGGGUCCAUCAUAUGAUCCGGAUUGUAUGGCUGGGCAGGACUCCUUGUCCUUUUAUCGUGGCUGGCUGCCAACCCGGGUAGGUGCCCCCGGGUUAGGUGAUUCUGGGUUACACCCUAUCACUAGGCAAUGCAGUAUCAAAUUGGCUAUUUUAUUGUUGUCUAAAAGAGCUCUUCCCUAUGUUAAUAUCCACUGAUAGGGUUUAGUUAGGAAUUAGUUCUGUUUUGGUUGCAAAGUGAUCUCUGCUUUUAAUUAUAUUGGUCCCUUGAUAGGAUUCUAGGUUGGAAUUUGUUCUAGUGCGCUUUAUUUGCAGAGUGAUCUCUGUUUUUAAGUAUCUUGGGGCUUUGAUGAAACUCCUUAACUUUUCGAUGUUAUGCAUAGUUUUCAGAAAUGGGAUCUAUUAUGUGUCGUCAGACAAGUGCCAAUGCGUUCAAAAACAUCAGGAGUACGCCCUGAGGGGCUACACUCUUUUACUGAUUCUAUUAUUUGACAAGGUCCCUCAGUUACUAGUUAGGAAUAGGCACAUUUAUUCGUCUUACCGGAGGCUUGAAUAUUCUGUUCUCUGUGACACCUUCGCUUAUCCAGUUACAGGGAAAACCCGAAAGCCUGGACGCUGGAGAGGGACAUCAAAUGGGAAAACCAGAAAGCCUGGACGCUGGAGAGGGACAUCAAAUGGUAAAACCAGAAAGCCUGGACGCUGGAGAGGGACAUCGAAUGGUUAGCCCUGAAACUAAUGAAAUUACCAAAUAUGCUUAGCAGGGGUGACUAGGAUUUAGUAUGAACUGAUUUCUGUUAAGUUCAAUACGUUUAUAUUCAAUGUCACUGAGAUAUUAUAUGUUUAUCGACAACAAGGCCUGAUGGUUCAGUAACUUGUUGAUAUAUAU